UGGUCGGCGCUCCUCUCUCUCUCUCUACUUCCUCCAUCUCUUUUGAUCGACGAGUGAAGUUCCCAGAACGCUAUCAAUCUGCAGAAGGGAGAAGCGAUGGAAGCGAACUCUUUCGAUGCAUCAUCCGCAUCUAGGAAAAUGAAGGUCAUCAUCGACACGGAUCCCGGAAUAGAUGAUAGCAUGGCCAUUUUGAUGGCACUUCAAUACCCAGAGAUUGAAGUUGUAGGUUUGACAACAAUAUUUGGAAAUGCUAGCACAAAAGAUGCCACUCGCAAUGCCUUGCUCUUGUGUGAGAUUGCAGGACACUCUAACUUGCCAGUAGCAGAAGGCAGCCAUGCUCCUUUAAACGGUGAAGAGCCAUGUAUUGCUGAUUCUAUUCAUGGAUCUGAUGGCCUUGGCAAUAUAUUUCUCCCACCCCCUAUUGCAAAAAAGAUGGACUUAAGUGCAUCAGAGUUUUUGGUUGAUACAAUUUCUCAGUGCCCUGGUGAAAUAUCAAUCCUUGCAUUGGGACCUUUGACAAAUUUAGCACAGGCCAUCAAAAAAGACUCACUCUUUGCAAGCAAAGUGAAGAAGCUGGUCAUUCUUGGUGGUGCUUUCUUUUCUCCAGGAAAUGUUAACCCUGCUGCUGAAGCAAAUAUUUAUGGCGAUCCAGAAGCAGCCGACAUUGUUUUUACAUCUGGAGCAGACAUAACAGUGGUAGGAAUAAACAUCACAACACAGAUCAUCUAUACAGAUCAGGAUCUCUCUGAGCUUAGAAACUGUCAUGGAAAACACUCGCAAAUCCUAUACGAUAUGUGCAAGUUUUACAGGGACUGGCACGUAGAGUCACUCGAUGUUUAUGGUAUUUUUCCCCAUGAUCCUGUCUGCUUUGCAGCCCUUGUUCGUCCAGAUCUCUUCACAUUCAAAAAGGGUGUUGUCAGAGUUGAGACACAGGGUAUUUGUAGAGGGCAAACAGUAAUGGACCUAGCAUUGAAAAAGUGGAACACUAGCAAUCCUUGGACUGGCUAUUCACCUGCUGCAGUUGCAUGGACAAUUGAUGUUCCUGGAGUUGUUGCUUUUAUCAAACAACUAGUUAUGAAGCCAUGAAGUGAAAAACACUGGAGACCUGAACGGCUCAAGGUAUUGGAAGGUAUAAUAUUUGGCGAUGCAUGUAUUAGAGGAGUUUAAGUUUAUCACUUUUGCCACCAAAUGAGAAUAGUCACAUUCAAUGUGUUAUGGGGGAUACCUUGUGAUCAAGAGAAAAUAAAAUAAAAUAAAACAAAAUUGCACUAUUA